AUCUUAUGAAAAAUAUCCCUGUAGUUUUGUUUCUACACUUUUGCCGCCCAUAGUUUCUUUCAAUAUCCCAGCAAGAGCAGAGUCAAUUGGUGAUCAUGAACUGAAUCGAGUUGGGUUACAGCCCACAUGGAUGGAUACCUAGCUCCAUCCUCUUCUUUCCUUUGUUUUCGUGAACGAAAUGGAUUGUGUUACUUGAAUUUAUUAUGGAGACAACUAACAUGGCAGAUGUUAUAAUUGUAGCUGUCUAGGGUUUGACCCUUUUGCGCACCUAUACACCCUCCAUUCCUUGGCUUAGGGGGUAUGUGGUUUGGUCUACAUCAUGAAAAACUGUUGGAUCCAAUUCUAGUAGAGGAUAGGAUUGGAGCCCUUUUUUCGAUUCGAGCCUGAAUGUGUGUUCGACACUGGACGGACAGAGAUUUUUACGAAUCAAGUCUAGAUGUGUUUCGAGAAUCUCAAAUGUGCAAAUCAUCCAGUUGAGAUGAAGUUUUUUUUCCUAACGAAUUCAUCUGCGAAUGCUCUCAGUUAGGAUUUUUGUAAACGUGAUUUGAUUUCGGAAUAAGUUAAGUUCUCGCGUUAACGAAAUGAAAACUGUUAGACUUAGUUCAAUAGAGGCAAACCCAUGUUUACUUGUUGAUUCCAUUUCCGGACUAACUACCCAGAUUGCAUUAACCAAUUAACUCCAGACCCCAUUAUAGAAUCAACCGAAAUAAAUCGAAUAGGGAAAGAUCCAAAAUCAAAAAUAUUGGGUAUGUUUGGAUAAAGUAGUGAACUUGGUUUGGUUGGGUUCGUAAUCCGAGUUGGGUUGGAUUAUAGUGUGUGUAUGUGGAUGAUUUGAAUUAUAGUUGGUUGAAACUUGAAAGAUAACAACAACCAAUCUUGGUUAGCAUUGUGAAUUGUGAUGAGAGAAUCGGGUUCAAUUCACGAAUGGAAAGCCACGAUGUUUUGGUUCGACCAUAACCAGAUAUCUACCGUUAAUGGUUGUGCAUCUCAAGUCUCAACAUGGCCCAAAGACCAUAGUAUAGUCACUGUCCAUAUCAAUUCAACAAUAGAGACACAUCAGUCCCUCUAGGGAAACCAAACAUAUGCAGCAAUAUAAUAAUGUAUUCGCAAGAGCAGAGAUUUGGAAACAUUGCCGCCUUUGUUGCUAGCAAUUCAGCAAUGUUGGAUUGGAUGCACUGAAAACAAGCAGGCUUUGUAUAGCCUAUGUCAUACAUCUUUUCCAAGCUAUACUCGAUUCCUCGAUGGUAUUUGUCAUUUUUCAGAAAAAAGGACUAUGUUCGAGUUUUAGAUGACAAAAGGUUUAAGUGAUCGAUUCACAUACAUGAUACAAAUCAAUUUAGCUUAAAAAUUUUGAUAAAUUCCGAUUACUAUAUAGAUAAAAUCCUUUAACAUAACUGUACCUAUAGGAAGGGAUAGCGAAAGCGGAAAAAAUCAAAGAUUUCACAUAGUACUUUUGAUAAAAAAAAUCAAUUUGAUUUCUUUCGUACCUUUCGCUCAAUGAGAAAACGGGCCAGAUUCUACAUGAUCAAACCUAUCUUCUGGGGCAUACGAUGAUUUCUUUCGUGAUUUGAGGCGUUAAUUUACCUACUAAAAUAUCACCUGUCUCGACCCAAGAUCCCAACAUAACAAUUCCAUUUUUGUCUAAAUUUCGGAGUAAAUGAGCUUUUAAAUGUGGGAUUUCAUUAGUGAUCCUUUCAGGUUGUUCUUUCCUCUUUCCCUUCUAUAUAAGUGUACUCUAAAAUCCCAAAAAAAUGGGAUUACUGUGAGAGUGGUGAAACUUAAGAGCAGUUUGGAAUUUGUGAUUGUUAAAUAGAUGUAUUGUUGUGAAUAUAUGCAUUUGAUGUAUUGUAAAGUUCAAUGUUUAGUAUUUGCGAUUGUGUAUGUCACAUCAACUUUAAAAAUGAGAUAUAACAAUCUCAACUCAACAAUUUUAGCUAAAAACUGAGAUAUAACAAUCACAACCAAAAGUUGACAUAUAACAAUCCAUGUAGUAUGUCAGUUAAAAAAAAAAUAUAUAUAUUCUAAACAAUAGAGGUAUAGUAACGAUUUUAAAGAAACAAUUGUAAUUUCCAAACCACCCUUUAAAAUUUAUUGAUUGAGUAGGUUUAAAACCUAACAGGCAACUUUUUUAAAUAUAGAAAACCUAAACGAUCGGGCUUUACUUCUCGUGGGCUUUGUUAUGGUUGUGUUUUGGACAAUUUAGAUUGGGGCGAACUUUGCGCUGGACACAGAAGUGUGUAAUUGACUGGAAGGGUCAUUUUACUCUUGAGGAUGGGCUCUAACUCAUGGGCUCUAUUCAAAAAGCUAAUUCUCCACCAUGGAACCACUCCCCGUUCAUACCAUAAGGCCCAUUAGUUGUGCAUUCCGUUGGAUUUGGAAGUGAUAACAUCCCUCAUUCUUAUUAGUUUUUCAAUAUGACAAAAAUGAAAAGGUCCUCUUAUUUAAAACCAUAAUUAUGAAAUCCCUUCUCUCCCAUCUAAAAAAUUGAAACUUUGGCGAGCUAUUAAAAAAAAAGAGUGUAAGGUUCUAUUAGUAUAGAAAAAUUGGUAGUUUCAAUAAUGCGUGUUAUUGUGAGAGAUAUUUCAUUAUAUAUUCACUAAAACGAGAGUCAGUCAUGGUCUCAUGGGUUAUAAAUUUACAGAUAUAUGUAAUGGCAUGUUCUUGAAAUACUUGUUAAUAUUAGGGGUCGUGAGCACUUUGAACAUAGGAUCUCAAGGUCGAACUAGCUUUGAUGCUAUGUCAAUAACUUAUAAGUACCAAUAUACUCAGAGUAGAGACCCAUGAUGUAUGAAUCUAUACGGUAUACCAGUUCCUUACAGUCUUCUCCUCCCUUGCACUCACACGAAUUUAUUUGUGGACAUCUUCUGUAUAGACAUUGUAUUAGUGGAGUUAAAUGAACUCUUAUAUACAAUGAUCAUUUUUAUACGAGGAGAAAUCUAUCUUGCGAUGACAAACACGACAAAUUCUGUAUGCAUUUAAUACGAGAUUACAGACCUAUCGGUGGCCACCCAGAGGAUACCACAGAAAUGGCGUCUGUUAAAAUUCGAACCCAGAACCUAAUGAUCACAAACAUGCGCCUUUAUUACCACCUUCACUCCCUUGAUGGUUAUACAACCGUCUUUUCAAUUGUAUUUCUGAUGGUAUACUUGUGGACAAACAUAAUUUACUAUGAGGUGUAACUAGAGGUGGCAAUUAGGAUUCAAAUCCAUGAAUCCAUUCUAAUCCAUCCACCAAAUUAUCCAUAUAAUCCAAUCCAUUUAAAUCCAAUCCAUUUGAUCCAAAUCCAAUUGGAUUGGUGGAUUAAUAGAUCAAUCUAUGAAUUCAAAUGACAAGUUACGAUUUGGUACCUAUAUUUUUUAUAUUUUACAUUUUGGUACCUAAAUUUAUAUUUUUAUACGAACAUAUCAUUGGAAAAUUACAUUUUGGUAUCUAAAAUUUUUCCUUACGAAAUUUUAGUACCUAAACUUUUCAAAUUUACAUUUUGGUCCUAGCUUUGGAUGUCAUUUGGAUUCAUGGAUAAAUCCACCAAUCCAUUGGAUCCAUGGAUCCACCAACCCAUGAAUCCAAUCCAUUUGCCAACCUCUAGGUGUAACGAAAAAGAGAAGUAAAAAACUUGUACAACCAAUGAGGCACUCAUUCCAUUACUUCUUUAUCAUAUAUACAUACACUAUUAUAUCAUGUCAUACUCUCCCAAAACAUAGGGCUAUGUCUUAUGGCGUAGAGAUAUGGUGGUUGUUCUAUGAAGUUUCAAACCUUAUACCAACCAAGUGAGGUUUGGCAUUGAGAAGGCUCACCUCCGGCUCAAAGGCGUUGGACCAGAAAUUUAAUGUCGCCAUCAACCAAUUGUACCCCAUAUGUCCCGUUUUGGGCAACUUUCAAUAGCAGCUUUGUUCAAAGCUCCGUAUGUUAGCGUAACAUUGGCACUCUGACGAAAUAAAUAAUGAAAGUACUACUGCAAGUGUUGUGGGGAACAAGAGAAAGGGAUUGUAACAUUUCAGGUACCAAAACGUAAUUUGGCAUGUUGUUGUGUUUUGGGUUGAUACUUGAUAACUUCAUAUACUUGCUCUACUCUCAUGAUCUCCAUUUUUCAAAUAUAGAAUCUCAUACUUGUCAUAUUCUUGUGUGAGUUAGGCUUUAUGGUAACGUAUCAUCCCUUCCCAACUCCAUCCGUCUUUGUUUCUCGUAUUUACUUACUUAUAUUCACUGCAUAACAAUUUAAUCGUUCAUCAAAUAACAUCAAGUUAUCCAUUCUCACUCCAUAUUUCAUAUCCACAACACACGUUUCUUUUAUCUUUAUGCGGUUUAGCUAUAUUCUUCUCAUUGCUAAACUCAUUCUGUCUCGACCCCAUCAACCUUCCUUUUUCAGUGUUUAUUUGAAUUCGUUAUAUAUCAAGGUGUACGAUUCAUACAACUACGCAAGAUGAUUGAUCCCGUUUUACAGGACAGGAAUAUAUAUAUUUUGCCCAUAAAGGUGUAAGACUGCUGCCCUAGUGAAGUAGUGAUGGGUGAAUCUGCCCCUACCCACCGUCUAAUAACUCCAUUUAAUGAUAGAUUUUCUUACUAUUUUUCCUUCGUCGAAAUUAGUCACCAAUACAUACACACUAUAUUCACUUUCCACUGUAGAAUACACACACUUCAAUUCUGUCAUCCCCAAGUUGUUGCACCAACCACAUUUAUUCCAAUCCUUCGUUUCACCAUUCUUCCACUCAUUUUCCCCUUCAUAUUUUUCUUACUACUUUCACUAUCACGAAUUCAUGAACCUCUUCCUCCCACUUCUUUCCAAAAAAAACCUACGUAUGUUUCAAAACCCCAAACCCUUCUAUAUAUAACAACAACAAGCAAAGCAAGGCCUACCCAUAUACCCAAAACCUCUCCAACAUUCCUCUCUCUCUCUCUCUCUCUCUCUCUCUCUCUCUCUCUCUCUCUCUUCUCCACCAUAACCAUGGAGCUCACCGUAGACCUUCUCAUCCUCAUUUCAUCCUUCGUCUUCCUCCGCCUCUGGUGGCGGCACUGGUCGAAAACCGGGGGCGGCCCGAAGAACCUGCCCCCCGGUCCGCCCGGCUGGCCGCUGGUCGGCAACCUGUUCCAAAUCAUCCUCCAGCGCCGCCCCUUCAUCUUCGUCGUCCGCGACUUGCGGGCCAAGUACGGCCCAAUCUUCACCCUCCAGAUGGGCCAGCGGACCAUGAUCAUCGUCACCGACUCGGCCCUCAUCCACGAGGCCCUCGUCCAGCGCGGGCCCACCUUCGCCUCUCGGCCCCGCGACUCCCCGAUCCGCCUCGUGUUCAGCAUGGGGAAGUGCGCCAUCAACUCCGCCGAGUACGGCCCGCUCUGGCGGGCCCUCCGCCGCAACUUCGUCUCCGAGCUCGUCAGCCCGGCCCGCAUCCGCCAGUGCGGCUGGAUCCGUAAAUGGGCCGUCGAAAACCACAUGAAACGGCUCGUUGACGAGUCGUUUCGAAACGGCGUCGUCCACGUGAUGCGAAACUCCCGCCUCACCGCCUGCAGCAUCCUCAUCUGCCUCUGCUUCGGAGCGAGAAUCCCGGAGGAGAAGAUUCUCGAGAUCGAGUCCGUUUUAAAAGAGGUGAUGAUGAUGACGACUCCGAAGCUGACGGACUUUCUGCCGGUCCUCGGAGUCGUGCUGCGGAAGCAAAUGAAGGAAGCGAAGGAGCUGAGGAGGAAACAGCUCGACUGCUUGCUCCCGCUGGUUCGGGCUCGACGUGGGUUUGUCGAGCGCGAAGAGAAAGUUGAUGGGCUGGAAAUGGUGAGCCCAGUCGGGGCGGCUUACAUGGACUCGCUGAUUGGGCUUCGGCCCGGGAAUAGAGGCCCGUUGGGGGAGGAGGAGAUUGUCACGCUUGUCUCGGAGGUGAUCAGCGCGGGGACCGACACGAGUGCCACGUCGAUCGAGUGGGCCCUCCUCCACGUGGUGCAGGACCAGUCAAUCCAGGAGAGGAUGUACAAGGAAAUCGUUGACCGCGUGGGGAAAAACGGCGCGGUCAACGAGGACGACGUGGAGGAGAUGCCGUACCUGACGGCGGUGGUGAAGGAGACGUUCCGGCGGCACCCGCCGAGCCACUUCCUGCUGUCGCACGCGGUGGCGGCGGCGGAGGGGGCGGUGGAGCUGGGAGGGUACGGGGUGCCGGCCGGCGUCCACGUGGAGUUCUACACGGCGUGGGUGACGGAGGAUCCGGCGAUGUGGAAGGAACCUGGGGAGUUUCGGCCCGAGAGGUUCUUGGAAGGAGGAGACGGAGCUGACGUGGACUUGACGGGGACGCGUGGCGUGCUGAAGAUGAUGCCGUUUGGGGCCGGGAGGAGGAUUUGUCCAGCGUGGAGCUUGGGGGUGCUCCACGUGAAGCUGCUGCUGGCGAGGAUGGUUCAUGGGUUCAGGUGGCUGCCCGACCCGACGUCGCCGCCCGACCCGACGGAGACGUUUGCUUUCACGGUGGUGAUGAAGAAUCCUUUGAAGGCUGUGAUAUUGCCCCGGUAAAGACAUUAUUGGACUGAUGAUUUCGGCAGCUUCAAUGGAAAUGUCUACUUUGUCUUAAUUACUCGGCUAUUAACGUUGCUUUUUCUCUUAGUGUAUGGGUUUUCGAUGUUCGACUUGCCUCUUUGGUAUGGCAAAAUAUGAUGUUUCUAUGCUUUUUUCCCCCUUCUAUUGUCUCUUAUUUGUGAUGUACUUCUCGUGUAUUUGUGCUAUCAUUGUUUGAUAGAUAGAAAAAUAUUUUCGUAUUACGGGAAAAAUUAUUGUUGAGGUGAUGGUAAAUGUUUAUAUUUGUGAGUUGUAUAAUACAAUUAUAUAAUAUUUGUAUUUGAGCCUAUUCCAAGUCCAACAACUCAAAAUUGAUAUUGGAACUAUAUGCUUUUAUGCAUGGUUACGGUAGUUUAGAUAGGCUAGUCAAACUGGAAAAAAAAAAAGACUUGUGAACAAUUUGUUUCUGUAUUUUAUACUUAUGAUUGUAUAAGAAAAUUAUAUAACGCUUGUAUUACUAUUUGAGGCUAUUCCAACAACCAAAAAUUAAUAUUCGAACUAAAUGCUUUCAUGCAUAGUCAUGGUGUAGAUAGGCUAGUCGAAACUUAUAAUUAACAAAAAUCUAGAUAUUUAGUUAAGUUUGUGAUUGAGAUUAAACCUUUUGCCAUACACAAUUAAUAAGAGCUAUCUACUUGGAGAGGAUCACAUUGACAAGGACGUGCUAGGGCAAAAGUCUUUGCUUUCGAGAGUAUUAAAACCCAGUUUCAUAGUCAUGGACUUUCUUUGCUAGUUCUAGUGGAAAUAUUACUAGUCUAGAACCUGGAGGUCCCAGGUUCGAAUCCCUUAAAUAGUAUCUUAAUAACAACAAAAUAAAACCUAUAUCACCCUUAUAAAAAAAAUGACCAUUGCUUUAUCGUGGGGAAACCGUGGAAAAUAACGAAGGAAAACUUAAAUAGACAAAAACCCACAUAGCAAAUUGGUUGGUAAAAUUAAAUGAAUCCGUUUUCAUAGAUUUUUCCAAAAAUGUUCACAAUCAAAUUUGCGAGGACGUGUUCACAGCAAUGUGAGAUUGCAGAUUGCGUGUUGAAUUUUCCAUGAUCAUUGAAUGAAUAUUGUGAUAAUUUUGUAAAUGAAACAUCAUUUCAAUCCAUCCAACAAUUCGUGGAGCUUCCAAACAUCACUUCUUAUAAUAUCCAUCCGCUUAGAUCUACAGAUGUAUCCUAGUAAUGAAUUGGACUCUUUGGU